AUGCAUGGCGCGGAGAAGUUGGGGGAGGCAGGGCUGGCGCUGUUGCGCGAGCACGAGAACGUGGACUGCUCAUACCAGCUGUCGCCGAAGGAGCUCUACGUGAAGAUCCCGUUGUGCGACGCGCUGAUCGUGCGGAGCGGGACCAAGGUGAUGCGUGAGGUGUUCGAGGCGGCACAGGGGAGGCUCGGGGUGGUGGGGCAGGCCGGGGUGGGCAUCGACAACGUCGACCUGCAGGCCGCCACCGAGCUCGGUUGCCUCAUCGUCAAUGCCCCCACCGCAAACACCGUCGCUGCCGCCAAGCAUGGCAUCGCCAUCCUCGCUGCGAUGGCCCGCAACGUGGCCCAGGCUGACGCCUCCAUGAAGGCCGGAAAGUGGCAACGCAAUAAGUAUGUUGGUGUCUCUCUAGUAGGAAAGACACUGGCUGUUAUGGGAUUUGGAAAGAUUGGUUCAGAAGUUGCUAGGCGUGCAAAGGGACUUGGAAUGCACGUAAUUGCUCAUGAUCCAUAUGCACCUGCUGAUAGGGCCCGUGCUGCUGGAGUCGAACUUGUAUCUUUUGACGAAGCCAUAUCCACAUCCGACUUCAUUUCUCUCCACAUGCCUCUUACUCCUAAUACGUCAAAGAUUUUGAAUGAUAAGACUUUUGCAAAAAUGAAAAAGGGAGUGAGAAUCAUCAAUGUAGCCAGGGGCGGAGUGAUCGAUGAAGAUGCUUUAGUGAGAGCACUGGAUAAUGGAACAGUUGCUCAGGCAGCUCUUGAUGUAUUUACAGAGGAGCCUCCACCAAAAGACAGCAAGUUGGUGAAGCAUGAGAACGUUACUGUCACACCUCAUCUUGGAGCCAGUACUGUGGAAGCUCAGGAAGGUGUAGCAAUUGAGAUAGCAGAGGCCGUUGUUGGGGCAUUGAAAGGUGAACUAGCUGCCACUGCUGUGAAUGCACCCAUAGCCUUGGUUUUAUCUGAGCUAUCUCCCUACGUAGUCCUGGCGGAGAAGCUGGGCAGGCUAGCUGUACAACUAGUUGCCGGAGGAAGUGGCAUCAGACGGGUCAAGGUGGUGUACACCUCAAUCAGAGACCCCGAGGACCUCGACACGAGAAUUCUCCGAGCCAUGAUCACUAAAGGCAUAGUAGAACCUAUCUCUAAUGUGUUUGUCAACCUUGUGAAUGCUGAUUAUACUGCCAAGCAAAGAGGCCUCCGUAUCAGCGAGGAGCGGGUCUUCAAUGAUGGAUCUCCUGAGGUCCCGCUGGACUCGAUCCAGGUCUGCCUCUCUAAUGUGGAGUCCAAGUUUGCCAGUGCUAUAUUGGAUUCUGGUGAUAUAAGAGUGGAGGGAAGGGUGAAGGAUGGCAUACCUCAUCUCACAAUUGUGGGUUCUUUCAGUGUGGAUGUGAGCCUGGAGGGGAACAUCAUACUCUGUCGGCAGGUUGAUCAGCCUGGUAUGAUUGGGCAGGUGGGAAACAUUCUUGGGGAGAAGAAUGUGAAUAUCAGCUUUAUGAGUGUAGGUAGGACUGCUAGAACGAAGCAAGCCAUUAUGGCUAUUGGAGUUGAUGAGGAACCCAACAAGGAGACUCUUAGGAAGAUUGGCAAGAUCCCAGCAAUUGAAGAGUUUGUUUUCCUCAAGCUAUGA